GAUUGUACCCUAGAAAGUAUAAGACAUAAGUAUUGUUUAUAUUGGUAUCUUUUCAUCUGUCAGUCAGUCUUGUUUGUUGUUUGAAUUCUACUUUUGACUAUUUCGUUGUAUUAUAUUCAUAAGAUUAAGGUGUGUUCAUAGAAAUCUGUUCGAAGAAGUAAACAUUUCAUCAAUCAUAUACAUUUCUCCAAUAAAUACAUAAAUUCAUUCAUAAUGGCUUAUAUUUUAACAGAAACCUCUGCUGGUUAUGCUUUAUUGAAGGCUUCCGACAAGAAGAUUCAUAAAUCAUCCAGUUUAAUUGAAGAUUUAAACUCUGCUGAAAAAGUUGCUCAACAAUUUAAAAUUCAUAGAUUUGAAAAAUUUCAAUCAGCUGCCAAUGCUUUAGAAGAAGCUAAUGCUAUUAUCGAAGGUAGAGUUUCUGAUAACUUAAAGAAAUUCUUAGAUGAUGUCAAAUCAGAUAAAAAAGCUACUUUAAUCGUUUCCGAAACCAAAUUAGGUAAUGCCAUCAAUAAAUUAGGUUUAAAUUUCUCCGUUGUUUCUGAUGCUGCUUCAUUAGAUUUACAUAGAGCCAUUAGAGAAUUUUUACCAGAAUUAUUACCAGGUUUAGAUGAUUCAAUCUUAAAACAAAUGUCUCUUGGUUUAGCUCAUUCCAUUGGUCGUCAUAAAUUAAAAUUUUCUGCUGAUAAAGUUGAUACUAUGAUUGUUCAAGCUAUUGCCUUAUUAGAUGAUUUAGAUAAAGAAUUAAACACAUAUGCCAUGAGAUGUAAAGAAUGGUAUGGAUGGCAUUUCCCUGAAUUAGCUAAGAUGAUCACUGAUUCAGUUGCUUAUGCUAAUAUCAUUUUAACUAUGGGUGUUAGAUCCAAUGCUGCUGAAACUGAUUUAUCUGAAAUCCUUCCAGAAGAAAUUGAAGAACAAGUUAAAUCCGCUGCUGAAGUUUCUAUGGGUACUGAAAUCACUGCUGAUGAUUUAGAUAACAUCAAAGCUUUAGCUGAACAAAUUGUUGAUUUUGCUGCUUAUAGAGAACAAUUAUCCAAUUAUUUAUCAUCAAGAAUGAAAUCUAUUGCUCCAAAUUUGACUGCUUUAGUUGGUGAAUUAGUUGGUGCUAGAUUAAUUGCUCAUGCUGGUUCUUUAACUUCUUUAGCUAAAGCCCCUGCUUCAACUAUUCAAAUCUUAGGUGCUGAAAAAGCCCUUUUCAGAGCUUUAAAAACUAAACAUGAUACACCAAAAUAUGGUUUAUUAUAUCAUGCUUCCUUAGUUGGUCAAGCUACCGGUAAAAAUAAAGGUAAGAUAGCUAGAGUGUUAGCUGCUAAAGCUGCUGUUGCUUUAAGAUAUGAUUCUUUGGCUGAAGAAAGAGAUGACUCUGGUGAUUUUGGUUUACAAGUUAGAGCUAAAGUUGAAUCAAGAUUAUCUGCUCUUGAAGGUAGAGAUUUAAGAACAACAUCUAAAGUUGUUAGAGAACAAAAGAAAAUAGAAAUAACUGAAGCUCGUGCUUAUAAUGCUGAUGCUGAUGCUGCUCCUGUUGCUUCUGUUGAUUCCGAUGAUGAAUCCGAUACUGAAGAAAUUGAAACUAAAAAGGAAAAGAAAUCUAAGAAAGAAAAGAAGGAUAAAAAAGAUAAGAAAGAUAAAAAGAGAAAGAGAGAUGAAGAAGAAGUAGAAGAAGAAACCUCUAAAAAAUCAAAGAAAGAAAAGAAGGAAAAGAAGGAUAAGAAAGAAAAAAAAGAAAAGAAGGAAAAGAAGGAAAAGAAAGAAAAGAAAUAAGUUAGAUUCUUUAAUAGAACCUAAUAGUUGCAUAUUUCUCUAGCAUCAGCAUCAAAGCGGUCAUUCAUAUUUCAUAAUUUAUAUAUUUUUACAA